GAGGCAUGUGCAUGUGCCCGCGGAUCAACGGGCGAGUAAAAGGGAUUUUAUAACAGAAAAUGUCUUCUAUAAAUUGUAGCCGAAGCGCGCGGGACGGGAGUUACUCUGGCUGACAGAAAGUCCGCAAAUAGCAAUCAUGUGCAUUGUCAGAGGCCUCUGCGGUCGUUAGAUAAACGCCAAGGACUCGUAGAAACUCGUGCCGACGUCGGGCUAAUGAUGAUAGGCUACAACUUAUCGGCGGUUCUUUGCAGGCGAAACCUCGCCGGCCGACUUCGCUCCGCCAGAAACUUGCAUUCCUCCUGCCGCCAAUGUUUGCGUAGCAAUACCUUAUCCGCUGUGCCAGUAAAACUCGCUUACGCUUCGUACGAGUCGGUAAACAAUCAUGUACAAAACGCAAAAGAACCCAUUAUAAUAAUGCACGGCCUCUUCGGCUCGAAGAACAAUUGGAACUCGCUGUCGAAGGCUAUCCAUCAGAGGACCAACCGCAAGGUCAUCACGGUGGAUGCCAGGAAUCACGGUGAUUCUCCACACUCAUCAACUAUGUCCUACAAAGACAUGGCAGAGGAUGUGAUCCAGCUGUUGACCGAUCUGGGCUUCAAGAAAGCCAUUCUAGUUGGUCAUAGUAUGGGUGGCUCGGCCAUGAUGAUGACAGCUUUGACUUUCCCGGAUCACGUUGAGAAACUGGCAGUUGUCGACAUGUCACCAGUGAGAGCCAGUCCCAACCUCUCGCAGAUGGUGAUGGUGUUCAAGGCGAUGCGUUCGGUGAUGGUGGACGGCAGUCCCACGUUAUCGAAAGCGCGCAAAGUAGUGGAUCAUCAGCUGGCAAAGUACAUCAAGUCAAUCGCGUUGCGUCAGUUCCUAACAACGAAUUUGGUGGAGGCGGAUUCAGGGAGAUACAAGUGGCGAGUCAACUUGUCCGUGCUGGAGCAGGCAUUCGCCACUCAGAUAGCGACGUUUCCCAACGUGGGCGCGAGGACUUACCCGGGCCCCACGUCGUUCAUAGGCGGCGCCGACAGCGACUACAUCCGCGUGGAGGAUCACGGCGCGAUCAAGAAGCUGUUCCCCUCGGCGGAGUUUCGUUACAUAAGCGGGGCGAAUCACUGGGUUCACGCGGACAAGCCUGCCGAAUUCGUCGAUCUCCUGACGAACUUUAUAAACGGCUCGGCUUAUUGAUUCACGUGGAUGUGUAAGAAGGACAAUUGCGAGUUUAUCCAUUGUAAAUAUAUACAUGUAUUUGGAGUGAGUUCCAUACGAUAUUACAGAACAGGGUGAAAAAGAUAUUUAAACAAUGCAGUCGUGUAAGAGUGUAAAGAAACGGCAAGUUGCAAUUGCAGUAAAAGCACCAUUGAGCA